UCAUGAGAAAUGCAGGACAUAUUGAAAAAAGAAAAGAUUUGCAAGUCUCCUGUUGGCACCACAGAGAUUGUACCCAGUUUUAACAAAGAUAUACGCCUCCUGUCGAUGAUUCACUCUGUAUUAAUGGUUAACUACACUACACUCUGCUCGCUAAAGUGCUUGCAGUUGUAGCUGUAAGGACCUUUUGAAAGCUAAUAAGAGCUCCUGGAGCAAGUUGUGUGCAAGAACAGUGGUGCUGCUGUGAAUAAGCCAUGAAAGUGAGUGACACACAGCUCCAUUUUCAGUGGCAGGUCCUUAACUGCCUGAUUGCCACUGUGAAGCUCAGGAAUUUCCUUACGCUGACUUUCCUGCAUGGCAAAGGCACAGCACUGAUUCCUUCCCUGCUGAACCAGCAAAUCCUUGGGAGACAGACAGGAGGGGAGGCUCAUUUGCCGUUUCGAGUCCUAAGAUUAUUAUCAUUAAGAGGAGGCAAAUAAGAUGGUCUUCUCCUCCCUUAGCAGUACAAAAUGAGCAGCACAGCAGCUCUCUGUAAUGGACCCCGGGGCUCAUGGAGGAGCAGGUAGAAAAGAGCGGACACACACGUCUGAUGAGCCUGAAGAUGUUACACCGUCCACUCUCCACGCAACAUUUGAGUGAAUGUGGUGGAUCACACUUAAGUGAAUUCUGUUGGAGUUAUAAGCUGGAAAAUCCAUCGGCAGCCAGUGUACAUGCCGGAUGAUGACACUGUUCUUCAUGAGCCCAUCACUGAGGAAGAUGGAGAGAAUGACACUCAGACGGAGGAGGAGACCUCAGAGAAGACCAGCCCUAAGGUGUCUGAGGACAAAGAGAUAGACAACAAGAGCACUAACACUUAUAGCAACCAGAACUCUCCCAUUAGUGUCCUUUCCAAUCAAGAGGCAGAGCUGGAGUCACGGCUUAGUGACAGCAGUGACAGACUCUUAGAUUUCAAAACGUCCUCGCCACCUGAGAGCCAGAAGGAUGAUGAAAGCCGCACCUCCAAACAUAAAGAGGAGAUGAACAGCAGCUUGGAGAAAAUGAGGGCAGCCUAUGCAAACUUUCUCUCUGAUUCCUAUUGGUCAGGGAUCGGAAUGGACUUGAAAAUGGGCAAAAACACCAGCAAAGCCAACUGUGACAGCACUAACGGAAGCACCAAGAGUGAAUUUGAUUGGCACCAAGAUGCACUCUCUAAGACCUUGCAGCAGACUCUCUCCCCAAAGCCUGUGUCUAAACCCAACCUCUUCAGUUCUGUCCACCUGUACAGGCAAAGCAGCAAAGCCUGUGGGUCAGUGUUCACAGGCGCGAGCCGAUUUCGCUGUAAGGACUGUAGUGCUGCCUAUGACACUCUUGUUGAGCUGACAGUCCACAUGAACAAGAGCGGACAUUAUCAGGACAACAACCACAGCAAACAGAGUAAUUCGUCUGCCUCGUCCUCCAAAUCAAGAAAACGAAAUUUGCAAGACAUGGAAGGGAAAGAGGAUGCACAAAAAGUCUUGAAGUGCAUGUUCUGUGGUCAUUCUUUUGACUCACUUCAGGAUUUGAGUGUCCAUAUGAUUAAAACUAAACAUUACCAAAAAGUGCCUUUAAAAGAGCCUAUCCCAGUAAUCACACCCAAAUUGUUGCCACCAGCAAAGAAACGGGCCUUUGAAGCUGCAAGACCCUGCUCCCCUGACUCUACUACUGGUGUAUCAGGCUACACUGAGGCUCAACGGGCCGCCACCAUUUCAAAUGCUAACAAUAAUCGCUAUGGCUACCAAAAUGGGGCAAGCUACACUUGGCAGUUUGAGACAUGCAAGUCUCAGAUUCUGAAGUGCAUGGAGUGUGGGAGCUCACAUGAUACCCUUCAGCAACUCACCACACAUAUGAUGGUGACUGGACACUUCAUCAAAGUCACAAACUCAGCAUCUAAGAAAGGUAAACAGUUAGCUCUUGACCCCUUGGCCAUAGAGAAGAUGCAGGUUUUAGCUGAGCCUGCUGCUGGUGAAACUGAGGGAGAAAAGGUGUCUCCAAAAAAUCCCUCCCCCGGGAACAGUGAGAAGGAUAGCCAGGGGGAAGGUACAUCAGACAAAAUGGAAGAAACUGAAGUUAAAGAUGACAAGCAAGAGAGUGAGGAUCAAAAGGCAGGCAAUGGGGCUUUUAAGUACCCUUAUCUCCGUGAGGAGGAUCUUGAGCAGGGCUCCGGUGGAGGAGGGGACAUUCUUAAAUCUUUAGCCAACACAGUGGCCUCUGCCAUCAACAAAGCUCAGACAGGGACACCGAGCUGGAGUGCCUACCCCAGCAUCCACGCUGCCUAUCAACUCUCUGGGAUCAUCAAAAGCACCCCUCUCUCUGCAUCUCCUCCUGUUCAGCUAAAGCAGACAUUUAACCACAAGCUGAGACCAAUUGCCCCAAAGGGGAAGUUUUACCAGGGUGCUGUGGGAGUGGAGGCUCCCCAGGGACAGCAUCAAAAUGUGGACAUCAAAAAAGAAAAGGUUGGCAUUAGCGAUGGUAAAGAAAGUCAGAAUAUUAAGUUUGAUCUGGUGGAGAAUGAUGACAGCGAUUGUCAGGAUGAUUCCUCUUCCUCUUCAAAGCUUGAUGCAGACUGUGUGAAUGAAGGGAGUGAAGGGAUCAAAGGGAAGUUGAGCCCAGAUUUCUCUGACAGAGGCAAGACACCAAGCCCCUCUGCCAGCAAUGGACGCAGCGCUACUUCAGAGCUUCUCAAUGACACUCCGGAUAUACUUGGCAUAAACCCGCUUAGUGCACUGCAGUCAGUUCUGAACAAUCAUCUGGGCAAAGCAAAUAAGCCCAACAAUUCAAGAGCAGAUAAACUAUCUCCACGCACCCAGUCUAUUUUUGCUGAAAUUAACCGUAGCAAUGAGAAACCAGCUCUAAUGCUUGGAAACCCUAUUGGAAAUAGGCCUGGUAAUACUUUCCUCUUUGUUAGUGAUGACCAGCCAAUAGAUUUGACAAAAUCUAAACACAGCAAACCCAGUUCUUCACUACUACAGCCCUCCACCCCAAUGCCACAGAAAUACGCUCUGUCUGACAUUGCAGAUAUGGUCAAAGUUCUUCCAAAAGCCACCACACCAAAACCCUCCAUACCAUCAAGAAUCCCCACGAUGAAACUGGAAUCAGAUGUGAGGCGCUUUGAGGAUGUGUCCGCUGAGGUGUACUCCGUCCACAAGCGCAAAGGUAGGCAGUCAAACUGGAAUCCCCGUCAUCUUCUCAUCCUACAAGCUCAGUUUGCCUCCAGCCUCUUCCAAACCUCUGAGGGAAAGUACUUACUCUCAGAUCUUGGCCCUCAGGAACGUAUGCACAUCUCCAAGUUCACUGGAUUGUCCAUGACCACCAUAAGCCAUUGGUUAGCAAAUGUAAAAUACCAACUGCGGAAAACUGGAGGGACCAAAUUUCUGAAGAACAUGGACACCGGCCACCCAGUCUUUUACUGUAAUGACUGUGCAUCCCAGUUCAGGUCACCGCCUACAUUCAUUUCCCACCUGGAAUCCCAUCUUGGUUUCCAAAUCAAAGACAUGUGCAAAAUGCCAGUAGAGCACCAGACGAAAGUAGAGGAGCCAGAACUGUCGAAGGCCCUGAGUGUCAGAGCCACAGAGUCUCUAGUCUCAGAGGAAGACAUUGACUCAAAAUUCAAAUGUAAGCUCUGCUGUCGGACAUUUGCCAGUAAUCAUGCAGUCAAACUCCAUUUGAGUAAAACUCACAGCAAAUCCCCUGACAACCAUUCACAAUAUGUGGAGAUGGACAAGGAGUAGAGCUUUUCAUAUUAUUGUCACUUUUUUUAAAUACACGGAUCAGAUAUUUCAGCCAUUUUUCAAUUAGAGUUGUGUAGUGUGCAUCAUUAUGGCAUUUAAAACAUUUCAUGGAUUACAACAAAGACACACUGGUUAGAAAUUGUAUAAGGAAACACUAAAAAGAUACUUUUGCACCCUGCUCAAAUGCAUCACCAGUAAUGAAAUGUAUUACUGCUUGAAGAAACAUAAUUGCUGAUGUUUGCAUGCAAUAGCUCUGGCUAUGACUACUAUUUAUUUGUAUGAUAUGACAAGUUUCAAUUGUAUUUCAAAUACAAAGUAAUGAAUUAAUUGUACUUUACAACUUCUGUAAUACAGUACACCUGCAUAAAUGUGCAGCUGUUAAAACAGGUAGCCAGACACAUGAUAACACACAUACAGACCUGUACAGUGUAUUGCUAUGUAAAGAUGUUUUGUGUUGCAAUGAUAGAACAGAAAAAAGCACUUUAAUAAAUGUUUAAUCACCAGUUUAGACUCGGAUUCUGUACAUGACUCAAAAAAAGAAAAAAAAAAGGAAAA